GCUUCACUCGUAUCGAUUGAAAUUCCCUUUUUCAUUUGUUGCUCUGGCAGAACCACAAGUGCGCUUUGUCGAACGUUAUUUUUGAAUACCACGUCGCUUUCAUUUGCUCGUCUUGACCACCUGAUCAUCGCCUGAAUCGCUUUCCUCACUUCUCUGAUCUAGCUGUGCGCGUGGAUCGUUGCGCGGAAACGAGAGCUAAGGCUUUAUCUUUUUCACCUCGUCGUGAGGGGCAUCAACAUUCACCUUACUGAGAACUCGCGUUUCCCAAUUCUCCUCCACCUUCUCAACAUGUCGAUUAUGCAGUACAGCGGUGGCUCCGUGAUGGCCAUGGCGGGCAAAGAGUGCUUCGUUAUCAUCUCCGAUAACCGCCUCGGCGAGCAGCUGAAGACGAUCUCGAUGGAGGUGCCGAAGCUGCACAUCGUCAACGACAGCGUCGUUUACGGCCUCACCGGGCUGCGCACCGACCAGCAAACGUUUGCAAACAAGGUUGAGUUCCGCACGGAGAUGUACAAACUGCGUGAAGAGCGCAACAUCACCGGAAAGGCCUUCGCGGCCAUGCUCACCUCCAUGCUCUACGAAGCUCGCUUUGGUCCGUGGUUCGUUGAGCCAGUGGUUGGCAGCAUAGACAAGGAAACGGGCGAGGUGUAUUUGUGCGCCACCGACCUCAUUGGUGCUCCGUGCGAGCCGGAGGACUACGUGUGCGCUGGCACCGCUGGCGAGAGUCUGCAUGGCAUGUGCGAGGCCCUGUGGCGCCCGAACUUGUCUCCUGAGGAGCUCUUCGAAGUGGCAGCCCAGGCGAUGCUCUCCGCGUGCGAUCGCGACAGUCUUUCUGGCUACGGUGCUGUCGCGAUGAUUGUCACGAAGGAGAAGAUCACUACCCGCCUCAUCAAGGGCCGUAAGGAUUGA